AUAUAAUAGAACUAGAAAAUGUUGAUCCUUUGCCUCAAAGUAUUUCAUCUACAACUAUUUCAUUGGUAUUCCAGACAACUGAAUCUACUUUACAACAACUCACAAAUUUAAUAGCUUUAAAUUCCGAAUUUAAGAGUAUAAAUGAUGAGUUUGACGAGCAAUCAGACGAUGAGUUUGAUGAACAAUUGGAACUUUAUAAAGGACAUGUUGAAAAAGAUGCAAGUGGUGUAUAUGAAAUUUCAAGAUCAUUCGUGUGUCGUUAUGCUGGGAAACUACAAAAUAAAGACAAAUCACAUAAAACUGAAAGAUCUGGUUCAUGCCGGACGAAUUGUAAAUGGAAGGUCAAUAUUUAUUGGAGCAAAAGUUUUAAUGAAUAUCAUAUUUCAACUUUUACAAACAUUCAUACUGGCCAUACUCUUGAUGCGACCACCAUACAAUUUAUCCCCAAAAAUCACAAGCUUACUAAGGAGAUGUUAAAGGAUAUCGAGUUUUAUGCUCUAUCAGAAAAAAUCAAUGCAAGCGCUCAAUAUCAGCUUCUUUUAGAAAAGUACAAAGUCCUGAUUCAUCGCAGUAAUUUAUACAAUGCAAUUACAAAGGUCAAAAGAAUGGUCUCACAUGGAGAUAAUGAUGCAGCAGAAUUCUGCACUAUAUCUCAAUAUGCUGAUAGGCGAUCUUGGGCAAGAGCUUAUACUUUUCGUCACUUCACUGCUGGUGCACAAGCAACAAGUCGUGUUGAGUCAAUUAAUUUACAUAUCAAAUCUAUUAUAUGCCAUGCUCAUUCCCUUGCGCUCUUCAAACAAGUCGAAGAUAAAGUAGUUGAAGUUUGGGAAGUGAUACAUAUAACCUGGCAACAUUCCCGGCUUCAUGUAAUGGUGUUUUCUUUAGCUGCCAAAUUUUCGAUUAAUUUUGUGGCAAAGCGUUGGUUGCUUGAAAAAUAUCAAGAUAAAGAUCUUGGUAUACAACCUCUUGUCAAUUUAUCCACAGUUUUUUUGUCAGAAUUAUCUGAAGCAUCAGCUCCAAUGACUAUAUUAUCAUCAAAUGAAUCCUCAAGUUUAUUUUCUGCAUCAAAUGAAAUGUCCACUAUGACUCGCUUUUCAUUAUCCGUCAUUGCCAAAAAGGCAAUGCAAAAAAAAAAAAUUUAUGCUGAGACUAUUGGAAUAGCACAAAAGGCUAUUAAUAUCGCUAUUGAAAAGGAUGAUCUGAAUGUUCUUAAAUUUUUAAAAACCUAUAUUCUUCAAAAUGACUGUUCUCUUGUUGAGAAUACAACUAAUGCAUCCGCCUCUGGCUAUAAAACAAGUAUACUCAAAGAACAUUCUGAACCAAACGUUAUUAUUGAGAAGUCAUCAAAAGCUCAAGAUAAACAAUCAAAAUCACAUGCAAAACGUGUAAAUAAGACUUGUGAUUCAACGAUUAUAUGUGAAUUUUGUGGUGGGCAUAGUUAUAAAAAAGAGUUAUAUGAUUAUGAUAAUGUGGAGAAAAAGGAAAAUGAAAGUAAAUAG